AUGGAGAGAACAGCCGUUGAUUUUGAUAAAAUCUAUCUUAAUCUGUCCAAGCUCAGUGGUAAGAUGCGUAUUGCUGACAUUGGGCUUGGAUGGAAAGCAUCUACUGGUGGGAAUGUUGGCAACAACGGUAAAAAUACAGGUAAAGAGCUUUUUCUUUUACCGAAAGAAGAUUUACUUGCUACCCUGUGGUCUCGUGGGUCCAGGGGCUAUGAAUUGAGGGUACAAACCCGUACAAGAGGUGUUAUCAUGAUGGAUGGGUUUGAAGUUGAAGAUUUCAAUAGAUUGAAACAAGAGAUGCAAAGAUUUUUCGAUUUGACUUUAGAUCAUAAGGAACAUUCAUUGAGAGGCUGGAAUUGGGGGAAGCCUGAUUGGGCUAGAAAUGAGUUACUUUUCCAAGUAGGUAAUAAACCCCUGUUUGAGAUUCCUUAUAAAGAGAUUGGAAAUACCAAUUUAACCGGGAAAAAUGAAGUUGCCAUUGAAUUCAACUUAGAUAGCGGUAAAGCUGGUGAUGAAUUGAUUGAAAUGAGAUUUUAUGUUCCUGGAACCAUCGAAAAUGAAACCAAGAAAAAAGAGGAGGAAGAUGGUGAGACUGUAAAGAAAGAAGGCGGUGAAGGAGAAGAAGGGGAAGAAAAUGAAGAGUCCAAGAGUACCAUCACCACUGAAGAAGUUGGUGCAGCCACUGUGUUUUAUGAAAAUUUGAGAGAUAAGGCAGAAAUCGGGCAAGUUAGUGGUGAAGCAAUUGUAUCUUUCAGUGACGUUUUAUUCUUAACCCCAAGAGGUCGUUAUGAUAUCGACAUGUAUCCAAGCUCUUUAAGAUUAAGAGGGAAAACUUAUGAUUACAAAAUUCAAUAUAAACAAAUUGAAAGAAUAUUUUCUAUCCCUAAACCAGAUGAAGCACACCAUUUGAUUGUGUUACAGAUUGAUCCUCCAUUAAGACAAGGUCAAACAAAAUACCCAUUCCUUGUUCUUCAAUUUGUUUCCGAGGAAGAAACAGAAGUGGAAUUAAAUGUAUCUGAUGAAGUAUACGAGAGUAAAUACAAAGAAAAAUUGAAGAAGAAAUAUGAUAGUCAAACUCAUUUGGUUAUGUCUCAUUGUUUCAAAGGUUUGACCGAUAGAAGGUUAAUUGUUCCUGGAUCAUUCCAAUCAAGAUUCUUACAACCUGGUAUUUCUUGCUCAUUGAAAGCCAGUGAAGGUUACCUAUAUCCUCUUGAUAGAUGUUUCCUUUUUGUUACCAAACCUACAAUUUAUAUUCCAUUCAGCGAGAUCAGUACUGUUACCAUGUCAAGAACUGGAGGAGGAGUUGGAGCUUCAAGGACAUUCGAUCUUGAAAUUAGUCUUCGUGGAAGUAAUCAAGGCCAUGUUUUUGGAAGUAUUGAUCGUGAAGAACAAGAAACAAUUGAAGCUUAUUGUGAAUCGAAAGGAUUAAGAGUCAGAAAUGAAGAAAAAAUAGCUGCUGCCAUGAUGAAGAAGGCUCUAGCAGCAGAAGCCGAUGAUGAUGAAGAUGUUGAUAUGGGCUCUGCAGGAGAAGAUGAGGCUGAAGACCUGGACUUCCAAGAAGGUUCUGACCUGGAUGUCGCAGAAGAAUUUGAUUCUAAUGUAUCAGACACUGGUUCAUCAGAUGAUGACAUGAGCGGUGAUGAAAAAGAUGAAGAGAGGCCUCCAAAGAAAAAGGCUAAGAAGGACUAA